GGCUCCGCCCUCGAAGGGAGCGGAGCGAGCCGCCUCUCCUGGCUUGAGGGUCAGCGAGGGGACGGCGCGGCUGCUGCUACCUGCUUCGCGAGCAGCUGCCGGAAACAUGGUGGGACGGAGUGGGGCGAUCGCUGCCGGUGUGUGCGGGGCCCUCUUCAUCGGCUACUGUAUUUACUUUGACCGCAAGAGACGGAGCGACCCCAACUUCAAGAACAGGCUUCGAGAGCGAAGAAAGAAACAGAAGCUUGCUAAAGAGAGAGCUGGACUUUCAAAGUUACCCGACCUUAAAGAUGCUGAGGCUGUUCAGAAGUUCUUCCUUGAAGAAAUACAGCUUGGUGAGGAAUUACUAGCCCAAGGUGAAUAUGAAAAGGGUGUUGACCACUUGACAAAUGCCAUUGCUGUCUGUGGGCAGCCACAGCAGUUGUUGCAAGUUUUACAGCAGACUCUUCCAUCACCAGUGUUCCAGAUGCUUCUGACUAAGCUGCCAACAAUAAGCCAGAGAAUUGUGAGUGUACAGAGCUUGGCCGAAGAUGAUGUGGAAUGAGAAACAUGUCAACAU